AAGAACAAAAACUUCUUUACUCCUAGAGGCACAACAUAACCUGCUGGUUGAUACUACUAUGAACACACUGUCUUGGAGAUUGUGCAAGAAUAUUGCAAGCGUACAGAGCAUGUACUGGUGACUAAAAAGAUAAUGCUUGGAUUCAACUUAAAUUGAGAUUGGUCUUAUAUCAUUAUCAAUAUGACCCUGAUGCAGAAAGUCUUUAUUCUACAAAUGAUUCUUGAAGUUGUGCAGGGCCUAACAAAGGGAAGAAUCAUUGCUGAUCCAUUAUGUAAGCAUAUGGAUGGAGGUGAAUCCUGUGCUGCAGUGGGGGGAAAUUUGAACCUAACAUGCAUCAUUGGAGAUGGUUACCAGGGAAACAAAAAUGCACAUGAUAUAACUUUUGAGUAUCUAUCAAAUAGUUUCAAUAAUGGCAACCCCAUAGAAUAUCCAGCUGAAUAUGUCACAGUGGUCAAUAACCAUACAGCUUUCCUGUCUGUUCCUAAUAUGCCACACUUUCACCUGUCUACACUCAACACAACAGGAUAUUGCUUUCACAACUGCCUCAUUAAAGAGGAUGAGAUAUUGGCAGAAACAAUGACUCUUAUAGGAUAUUUACCUGAAAAGCCACACAAUAUUGAGUGUAAAAUGAGAAAUUGGAAUGGCUUGUUAGAAUUCAGCUGGCAACCUGGGAGCUUUCCCAUUAGUCUGCAUACAAAUGUAACUACAUUUGUUACAUGGUGCGAAAAUUGCAAUAGACAAGCAGCCUGUCCAUGGUCCACAUCACACACUGACAGAGCAGCUUGCAAAGUAAAAACCCCACAAAAUGCAACAUAUAUCAAGUUUGAAGUAAGCAUAGCAAAUAAACUGAAAAUUGAAGGAAAUUCGCAGACAUUCAUAGGAAAUCCACAAACAUUCAUUGAGCCAGAUCCUGUGAUUGCUAAGGCUACACCUAUUAACAGCACAUGUAUCUAUGUCAACUGGACGAGAACUGCCCCAAUUGGAAAAGAAGUUGUCUAUGAUAUCAGUUACAUUUCAAAAUGGGACAAAAAUAAGACAUUAAGACUACAAAUAGAGGCAGAAGCCAUUCACAUCACAGGUCUUGUGCCCUUCACAAAUUAUACAAUAGAAGUGAUUGUUAGAGCCAUCUAUAACAACAGCAUAGUGGGCUAUCCCAGCAGUUCAUCUCAAGUCAUGACAAAAACACCCGAGGAUGUGCCAGGCGGAAUUCCUACUUUAACAACAGGAGCAUUUUAUGAAUAUACAGAAGGAGAGCAGUCAUAUGUUACAAUAUACUGGCAAGAAAUCAUGAAAAGACUUUGGAAUGGUGUCGUAACUUAUACCCCAAGAAUGGUCAGUCCUAACAAUGAGAUACCUCUUUAUUCAACUUCUACCUCAGGAACUUUCCGGAAAACACAAGAUAUUCAGAUGACAUUUGAAGUGACAAGUGCUACAAAGAAGGGAACUAAUUCUUCAUUACCAAUUCAAAGAAUUGUUGUACACAAAGCAAAUAAACGUAUACAACAUCCUAUGACAUGGAUGGUAAGGAGAGAGCAGCAUCCUGAUCAGAGUCUGGUCAUAUUUGAGUGGUCCAAUAGUCCAUAUAACCAUACAGCCUACUGGUGCCACAGGGCUCCAGGUGACAAAUGUCAGGGUGAUUUGCAAUGGCAAACUCUUGCUGGUGAUACCCAGAACUUCAGCCUUCUUGAACUUGGUAAACCUGGAAAUUACCUAUUUGGUCUGUCUACAGAAUUUGCUGAAACAAGCAGUGGAAUCCAGUGGGCCAAAUGCUUGUAUGAUACUGAUGAACCUCCACCACGAGAACAUCCCCUCAAUGUUAUUGUGGAGAACAAACAGGCAGAGAGUUUACAAGUGCACUGGAGCCACUAUCCAUGCAAUAAAUAUGAUGGAAUAGUGCAGCACUAUAUGAUUCGCUACUGUAGAAAACAAGACUGUGAAAAGACAACUGUAAACAUCACUGUAGCCAGCUCUGCAACACAACACAAGAUAGAAGGCCUGCAGGGUGGGGCUUUUUACAGUCUCACAUUGGAGGCGGUCACUAAACAUGGGAAAGGUCCCCAUACACCAACCAUCACAACCCUUGUUAGGGCAGGUCCAGGAUUGAAGCCUUGGAUGACAGCUUUGAUAGUCAUAGUUGGCUUUUUCUUCUUUGGUCUUGUAUGUCUGGGAAUUUACUUCAUUAUUACACUUUUGAUAAAGCAGGAAAAGAAGACCAAGCAACUCAUCAGUGUUCCUUAUUUCACCUCCCCUACAACAAAUCCCACAUGUAGUGGCACAUUAGAGUAUCCAACAGUCAUUAUAGGGAAUUACUAUCAGACAAUUCCAGAGACUGACCACAGACCAAUGGAAAACUCUAAAUUUGGUGCAUCAACUGAAAUGACAGACAUUUCAAUUGACAAUGACAAACUGAAUCACAAUGAUAGCAGAGCCAUUACAGCGAUUAAACCUGAGCAUGAAUUGAUGGCAAACCUUCCUGGACUAGUGAAUGACAAUGGUUAUGUGAUUCAAAUAGGUUCAAAUGAAUGUCGUCAACCCUGUACUGGGAAACCCAUUCACCCUGAAACAAGUAAAAAUGGAUCAAAGCCCAAAGCAAAAGUGAAUGUUAAACAAGCAAUAAACCCUGAUACAGGUCACGUUGAAAAUGAAUUACCAAAUAGCAAAACUCAAAGUGAUGCCAAGCAUGAAUUUUCUCUUAACCCUGACACAGGCUAUGUUGAGAAUGAACUACCAAAUACGAAAACUCAACGUGAUGUCAAGCAUGAAUUUUCUCUUAACCCUGACACAGGCUAUGUUGAGAAUGAACUACCAAAUGCCAAAACUCAACGUGAUGUCAAGCAUGAAUUUUCUCUUAACACUGACACGGGCUAUGUUGAAAAUGAACUACCAAAUACCAAAACUCAAAGUGAUGCCAAGCAUGAAUUUUCUCUUAACCCAGACACAGGCUAUGUUGUAAAUGAACUUCCAAAUACCAAAACUCAACGUGAUGUCAAGCAUGAAUUUUCUCUUAACCCUGGCACAGGCUAUGUUGAAAAUGAACUACCAAAUACCAAAACUCAAAGUGAUGCCAAGCAUGAAUUUUCUCUUAAACCUGACACAGGCUAUGUUGAAAAUGAAUUACCAAAUACCAAAACUCAAAGUGAUGCCAAGCAUGAAUUUUCUCUUAAACCUGACACAGGCUAUGUUGAAAAUGAACUACCAAAUACCAAAACUCAAAGUGAUGCCAAGCAUGAAUUUUCUCUUAAACCUGACACAGGCUAUGUUGAAAAAAAAUUACCAAAUACCAAAACUCAAAGUGAUGCCAAGCAUGAAUUUUCUCUUAAACCUGACACAGGCUAUGUUGAAAAUGAAUUACAAAAUACCAAAAGUGAUGCCAAGCAUGAAUUUUCUUUGAACCCUGACCUAGGCUAUGUUGAAAAUAAAUUAUUACCAAAUAUCAGAAGUCAAAGUGAUGCCAAGCAUGACUUUUUACUUAAUACUGACACAGACUGUGUUGAGAAUGAAUUACCAAAUACCAAAACUCAAAAUGAUUCUAAGCAUGAAUUUUCCCUAAACGCUGACACAGGCUAUGUUGAAAAUGAAUUACCAAAUACCAAAACUCAAAAUGAUUCUAAGCAUGAAUUUUCCCUAAACACUGACACAGGCUAUGUUGAAAAUGAAUUACCAAAUACCAAAACUCAAAUUGAUGCCAAGCAUGAAUUUUCCCUUAACCCUGACACAGGCUAUGUUGAGAAUGAACUACCAAAUACCAAAAUUCAAAGUGAUGCCAAGCAUGAUUGUUUUGAAAAUGAAAUACCAAAUCAAAACACUCAGUCUCAUACCAGUCAGAAUAUUACGUCAUCUGUUUCAGAUGACCAACACCCAGACUAUGUUGAUCAUAAUGAAAAUGUGAAAAAGAAUCAAGAUUACAUUGACAAAAAUGGGCCACAAACCCCAAGCUAUGUGGACCAUAAUGCUGCGAUUCUGAAUCUUGGCUAUAUGGAUCAUAAAAAAGAUGUGGCUCUGACACAAGGUUGUGUAGAUCAUAGCACAGAUGUGGCGAAAUCAACAGGUUAUGUAGACCAUAAAGCAGCUGUGGUUGAGACACCAGAUUAUGUGGAUCAUGAUACAGUUGUUACUUUUCUAUAAUGCAAUCAUGAUGCCACACCCUCCUUUCACCUUGUAUAAAAACCACCUAUGUUGAUUAUUUGCAAUAUUUGAGGGUUACAAGGUUUAUCCGUGCAAAUGUGGAAUUAUAUUCACAGAUAUAAUAUGGAUGGCUAGAUUUUUACAUAUAUACUGUAUACAAGUAAUUUUCUACAUGUUUUUAUUGCAUCAUAUUCAUUUCAAUAACCCAGUACCAAAACUUAAAAUUAUUUAUCUAUAUAUACCAUGACUUUUGUCUAAUCCUAUUGAAUUAUUUUUAUAGCUUGAUAUAUUUCUAUAUUGAUUUUACAGUUAAGAUAGAUGUAACAUGUGCAACUUGGGAAUAAAGAAUUCUUAAUACAUGGGUGUUUGCCACUGUGAUCUCACUAUAAAGGACCCUUGCAUAUAAAUAGCAUCUUCUCAAUUAAAGCCAAUUUAACUAUUGUUCCAACACAAUCUAAAUAUUGUUAUGAAAAAUCUAUGCAUAAUGUAUAAUUCUAUGAUUUUGGUUGGCCUGAAAAUUGAAAUGUGGCCUACCUGGUCUUCAUUCUUCUUGAUAUAUUCUGAAAAUUGAAAUGUGGCCUACCUGGUCUUCAUUCUUCUUUAUAUAUUCUGAAAAGUGAAAUAUGACUAACCUGGUUUUCAUUCCUCUUGAUAUAUUCUGAAAAUUGAAAUGUGGCCUACCUGGUCUUCAUUCCUCUUGAUAUAUUCUGAAAAGUGAAAUGUGGCCUACCUGAUCUUCAUUCUUCUUGAUAUAUUCUGAAAAUUGAAAUGUGGCCUACCUGAUCUUCAUUCUUCUUGAUAUAUUCUGAAAAUUGAAAUGUGGCCUACCUGGUCUUCAUUCUUUUUGAUAUAUUCUUGCUUUGCUCUCUCUAGCUCAUCAAUCUCAUUGCUCAAGCUCUGAAAACAAUCAAAAAUAUGGUUGAGUGUCUUACUCUGACAAAAAUACAAACCUGCAUCUUACCUGUACUUAUCAGUUUGAUAAGACAUCCUCACAUAGUUUUUGAAUUAUUUUUAAGCUUUAAUAUAAAUAGAAGGUUUGUGCAUAUUGAAGAGUAUUAUGAAACUGUUGGGGUAUUUCAGGGUCAAAAAUAGGCACUGAACCACUUUAAUAUUACAUGUAUUAAUGUAAAUGUUAUUUUUGCAUGGAAACAAAUAUAUUUACAAUUAAAACAAUUAGUUAGUACAACUGGAAUCAGUACAUAUAAAAUGAGGAAAAUCCUCAACAAUUUCUUUGAAACAUAGAAUCAAAUCCUACACUAUGGGCUGAUGUUAAAAAGUCACUCCGGCUCAAUUGAAAAUCAACUCUCGACCUUCCAAAUAGAACUCGAAUGCUCAAUAGUUUAAUGUCUGCUGUAAAAUUAAAUAAAUUAAGCCACUGACCCCAACAACCUAUAUGAUAAAACCUAAUCUGGAAAUGUUGAAAGGAGUUGGGUAAACAAGGCCAUUUUAAGCCCCACCUGAUUUUCAAGUUUUCUCUUUAUUUUAUUAAUCUAUGUGAUAUAUGUGUUUCAAAAAUGUAUGAAAAUUUAGGUCAAGGUCAUAUUCCCCAGGUCAAGGUCAAAUUAAAAAAAUUCAUUAUUUUCUACAAAAAUAUACCUUUUUGGUUAAAAUAUCACAAAUAUCUGUAGGAAUUUAGUCUCAUAGAGGUUGGAAUUACAAUAUAUAGUAAAUUGGCAAUUUGCCAAUAAUGAGAUAUUUAUAUUAAUAUAUUCCGCCCUUCCCACGCACACUGAAAGAGAACAAAAGUACCUAAAAUAAUGAAAAUACUUUAUUAUUUUUAAUUCAUUUAAAUUCAGAAUGUACAUUUCAUAAUUUGACUCGUAAAGUAAUGUUUAUUUUUUAUGAGAAAUAUGUCCUGCUUCCUGUUAGCGACAUAGGGUAUGCUAAAAACCACACACUAAACACACACACUGUAUAUAUUAUAAUUCAACAUAAUGAUAUUAUUCAACAUAAUUUUAAAGCAACUAUUAAGUUUAUUAUCAAUCAUUCUGAUAAUGUCUAGGAAACAGUAAGUACAGAUAACGGAGAUAAUCACUUCUUGGAGAUCACCUAAAAGGUGAAAAACAUCUAAAAUCUCAACACAUUUCAUCAUUGGAUUAUAAUGAAAUAACAAUGAAACAUUUUCUGAUUAGUUUUACUCAUCAUCACUUGAACUACCUGAUUCAGAUGUUGUGCACAUAUAACCACUUGAUGUUUCAGGUAUUUUAGCAUCUAAAAUUUUAUAAUGCCCUUGCAGAGGUUUUUCUUUGGCUUUGUAACCCUCGUGCUUAGCGAAGCCUAUAUACCAAAUGACAGUUAUGGUUGGUUCGUUUUGAAUCUAGACGACAGUUAUUGCAUAUUAUCCGUCCAACUUUGGCAUUCUUGACUUGUGAAGCUAAAUCUUGUGUAACCUUUCUCCGUUUUCUAGGAGAAUUUACCUGCUUCCUACAUAUGCAGCAUGAAUAGCAUUUGGCCAUUUUGAAUAAUCAACAAAAAUGGCAGGCAAAAUUUUCUAUAAAGUUCUAAAAUUCACAUCGCGCAUAAUAAGUCUCCAUCAAAAUUAUUCUUUGUAUGCAACAAUAUAACAUUUAUGUAACUAAAGAAGCACUUAUUAGAGUGGAGACUUGUUAUGCUCUAUGUGAAAACACUCAAAGGAUUACUACCUCCAGUGAAUAAAAAUGUCACCCAGACUCAGCAUGAAAUGUCCUUUCAAAGCUUUACUUACCUCUAAACUGUAUUUAAAUCAAUUGUAUGUAUGGAUCAAAUAAAUAUAUAUUUACAUAAUCCUGGACAGAUAAAUCAAAAACAUUCAUUUAUAGCUGAGUAAAUUGGAAUUCAUCAAGAGGGUUGCAAAAUAUGUGAAUUUUUUUCCUUCUGGCCCCCACCCUCUUUGAAGGUCUCCAGACACCGUAAC